AUGGGGCCGACCACGCCAAGAAAGAUUUCGGAUUUCUUUAAUCGGCCCAAGUUCGCAAAACUCAAUCAGCACCUUACUCCGGAAAAGAUACGAUCUCAGCCCCGCCAAUCUUCGCCGCCAUCUCCGCUGACCGAGCCACGCUCGUCAUUUGUUGAUCUUACUUGUGAACCCGACGAUGGCCCAGGCGACCAGCUCAAGUCAUCGCUUAGCCAAUCAGUGGACGAUGCAGCCUCAAACCCCACGCCAGCAGAAAGCUUCCAAAGCGUCCCAAGUACGGACGAAGCCUUACCUGCAUCGAUCAAUGGAGGUCAUCAGCUGUCACAGCGCAUUAUCAAAGGAGGGAAAGAAGUGGUCAUCAGCUCCGAUGGAGAGGAAUCGGAUUCAGACAGUUCAGUAUUCGAUCCUGCUCUGAUAUUUGCAAAGCCAGGCGAAAAGCCCAAUCCACCCAAAAUGCUUUCUGCGCCGAGACAUGUCACCACCACAACAAAGAAAUACAAGAAUAACAUCGAUUCCCUUGUACACGAGACUGUUGACGAUGAUGAGAUAGAAGCCAAUUUUGCCAAACAGAAAGCCGCUUACAAUGCUCUGCGUAAUGACACACGGAAGGUAUCUGGUACAAGUGGAAACACUGGCCUACACGAAGAUGUGUUGACCUCAGUAUUGGGAGAAAAUCGUGACGACGAUGAUGAUGAUGAUGGUGGUGGCAUGGGGGCUCGGCGUUUAAUGGAUGCUGUUCGAAGAACCGACGCUCUCAAUCUAGACAAAGUCUGGCGGUUCUUAGAUCAAACCCAAGUGGCACCAGCUGUGGUAGAAUUUCCCCGGAAUCUAUUCGCUCCCGGUUCGCAACUCACAGUUCUGCAUGAUCCUGAAGCUCGAGAAAGCAUUUUUAAAUCUGGCAUUCUAGAAUUUACGGCGUCUUUGCAAAGGCUCCCAGAUGACUUUCUCAUGUGGCUCUUUUGCGCGAUGCCCCUUGAGCCACGAGAAGAGUUGAGACAAGCUUACGUUAGGGUUUUGACAAUUACUCCAAAGCAACCCGGUGCUGCGCGAAUAAGAUCUCUUAUCCGCCCGGAUCACAUCGAUCAGCUUUUCAAAUCACUGGGCGCGAAGCCACAGGCUUUAAACAUUUCCGAGCCCAUUGUUGAAGAUUCAUAUGAUCCAAGUAUUAGCGAACCUGCAUCGAAAGAUCGAGCUAUUUUACUCUCUAUUUUUGAUUUACUUCGGGAUGCUGCUCAAUUGUUUGCCAACGACACUCGAGAGCGUGCAAUUCAAGUACUGCUGCGUAUAACUUUGGACACUUCACUGACAGCAGACUACUUGGUCCGCUCAGAGCUUCAGAGCUGUAUCGGUGCCCUUUUGCAAAGCGUGACGGUAGCUGAUGCCGAGGAGACGGAACGUCGACUCUGUACUACGGUAUACGAGACAUUCCGGGACCCGGAAUUCCAAAGUCGGAUGUUGCGCCACAUCCUCCCUACCACUAUGUGGAUCUCACGGCUCCGAUACCGUCUUGCAGUGGCUUUCUUACUUCGAAACCCCUCCCCAUUGGUAGAACCUGUCCAGGAUGUUCUGGAUCUGCAACGCCUGGCUCGCUCCCUAGUUGGUGAUGAGCGCUUCCAAGUGAAAGCACAUAAGACAAAGGGUGACAAUUACUAUGGCGGGUUGACGGCCAACGCCAUUCUUUUGGACAUUGCCAUCAACACUGCUCUAUACGAUCUGAGAUACAAGCAAGAAAACACAGAUGAGGAAUUCAACCGGGCCAUUGAUGCGCUAGCAGUGCAGAUCAAGAGGAUAUUUAGCUCCAUUGAAGACACCGGAGCUUCCCACCUUAAACGGAUGUUGGCCAAAGAAACACUUGAAUCUGUCCAUUACCGCAUGGUCUACUCUGUCCGGUCCCGGCCUCCGCCCAAAAAGACCGUAUUCGAACCAUAUGCGAAGAAGACGAAUGGCAAUAUUCAAAGUCAUUUUAAAUCUCGGGUCACCAUGGAUCCUUUGGACGAAACAUUGAUGCCGAUUCGUCGACACGAAUGA